AUGUCCGACACCGGUUCCCUUCUGCCCCUGAAAAUCGAUGACGUUCCUCUGGCUACGGGCAAAGUUGUCUACAUCACAGGUGGCGGAUCUGGCAUCGGCCUUGCCUGUGCGAAGCUGUUUGCUCAAAAGGGGGCCAAAGGCGUGGUGAUUGCUGAUUACAAGAAACCACAACCCGAAGUGCUACAGCAGCUGCCUUCGAAUGUGCUUUUUGUCCACACCGAUGUGUCCUCAUGGCCGUCCAUGGUAGCGAGUUUUGACGCUUGCAUCGAGAAGUUUGGGGCAGUGGAUUACGUGUUUGCCAAUGCGGGCAUUGGAGAGCUCGAGCAUCUGUUCGAAGACCAUUUUGGAAAGGACGGAAAGCUGUUGGGGAUGAGCUAUACCGCCAUCGACGUUAAGUACGAUGCACAAGGCCUCGAUCAUGGCGAGACAGACUUACUGACAAAUGCUUCGACGCUGCACAGUCUGAAAGGCGUGCUGAAUACAGUCAAGCUCGCAGUCCACUGGUUCAGAAAACUGAAAGUGCCUGGACACAUCGUCAUGACUUCUUCCAUGUCCGGUUACGAGACUCCUGGGAUCCCGAUAUAUGUUUCGUCAAAGAGGAACACCCCAGGGAAGCCGGUCAAUGCAGGGAAAGAGGAGCCAUACGUCUUCGAGAACCAGGACCCCAUUCAACCCGCCAUCGCUGCAGCACACCUUUUAUCCCACGACAUGUAUGGAAGAGCGAUACUCGUGUUUGGAGGAAGGUUCAGAGAGGUUGAAGGAGUGUACGAGUCUUUCAGGGACGACAUGUUUGGAGGUGCUCUAGGAAUGCCCCCAGUCUCAGACAAGGGCUGGCGCGACCUUUUUUCGUGCAGUUUUUGACCGCCAGUCAAAGUUUGAAACGACCCUUCGCGAUUCCAGUACUGUAUAAUAGGUUCAAUGGCCUAGUGUAUCCUUGAACACGGGGAAGCGUUUCAGGAAUGAGUCCUUCAAGCUCCAUGUAUCGAGGUUCA